GAUGCAAGUUAUGACCCAGAACCUUUACCUAUUGAUCAUAUUAAAUUUUAUUCUGAUUAUUAUGCAAAAUGGGAUAAACUUUUAUUGGAAAAGGAAUCUUCAAUUUGAACGUUCACAUUUAGAGGGGGCAAUUCCUUUUAAUUUAAAUAUAGCAACUUAUCCAAGUUGGAAUGAAAGACAAUCUUUAUAUUCCCCCCAACUUUUCCAACAAUAUAUUCAACGUUUGGGGAUUGAUCAAAAUGAUCAAUUGGUAAUUUAUGGGAGAGGUCCAAAUGGGGGAAUGUUGGAAUCGGCGCGUGUUUGGUUUUUAUUUAGAAUAUAUGGACAUGAAAAUGUGGGUAUUGUAGAUGGGGGUUUGGAAGCUUUACAAAAUUCUGAUUUUGAAUUAACUAAUGGAACUGCAGAAAAUAUUAGUUUGGGUAAUUGGACAGCCAAAUUCAGAGAUGAUUUAUUAUCUACAUUUGAAGAAUUAACAACUGUAGAUAAUUAUGGUUAUUGUAUUUUAAGUAGAUUAUUUUGGUAUAAUUUUCUCGAUUCGAGGCCUAGAAAUGAAUUUUUUGGAUUAUCUGGAAUUUAUGUUAAGUUUAAAAAUAAAGGGGGGAAAAAGAUUCUAUUUGAAAAAUAUUAG